AUUUCGUGUUUCGACAAGUCACCUCCGACGUUACAGUUCACUGCCAAAACUGAAAGUGCACUUAUGAUAGCCAAAAGUACAACACACAAAUUCCCUUCUUUUCCAUUCCUUAAGAUCCUCCAUUACCACUCGGCACGGAGUUCUCCUAAGUAUCAUUCUCCGCUCUCUGUUCAGUAAGAUUUCCAUAGAGUGGUAGGGUAACUUGCACAUUGAAGUAAGGGGGCUGUAUUUGAAGCUUCAAUGGGAGAUGAAAAGGAUGCUUUUUAUGUUGUUCGUAAGGGGGACGUUAUAGGGGUUUAUAAGAGCUUGAGCGAUCUACAAGCGCUUCUCCGAUCUUGUGUUGGUGAACCUGUCAUAAGUGUUUUUAAAGGGUAUCGCCUGGCUAAAGAAUCCGAAGAGUAUCUUUCCUCACAUGGACUUAAAAAUGCAAUGUAUUCUAUUGAUUCCAGUGAUGUCCGAGAUGAUCUUUUUGGCAUACUUGUCCCCUGUCCUUUUCGGCAACCAGGUUCUUCCAAAGAUAAACCUAUUGGGAAGAAUUAUCAGGAAAAGAGUAUGCAGUUAGCUGUGGUUCCAUCAGCUUCUUUUUCAGCUGCUGCUCAACAAAAGCAUGCUAAAUUAGACAAUUUCCUUGAAGAUCCCCCGAUAUCUACUUAUUGUUUCCCCGACAUGCAGCUUACAUGCAUUCUUGAGUUUGAUGGUGCUUCAAAGGGAAACCCUGGACUAGCUGGUGCAGGGGCUGUUCUGCGAGCUGCAGAUGGAAGUAUGGUUUUCCGGCUGCGUGAAGGUUUAGGUGUUGCUACUAAUAAUGUUGCUGAAUACAGAGGAGUAAUCUUAGGCCUGAAGUAUGCGCUUGAGAAAGGUUUUAAACACAUACGAGUUCAAGGAGACUCAAAACUUGUCUGCAUGCAGACUCAGGGAAUCUGGAAAUGUAAAAACCAAAACAUGGCGGAACUGUGCAAGAUCGUCAAAGAGCUUAAAGAUCAGUUUAUGUCUUUCCAGAUCAGCCAUAUAGAAAGAGAAUUCAACACUGAAGCUGAUGCCCAGGCAAAUCUAGCGGUGUAUCUUAAGAAUGGUGAAACUCAAGUGGAAUGUGACAUGAAGUAGGUCAUACUGUUAAGUCAUGAAGCUUUUGGGAUUUUGGAGGGCCCUGAACAGUUUAUUACUCCUUCCAGAUAUAUAUGAUCUGGAUGUUGUUGCAUGUAACCUAAUUGUGUAUCUGGGAUUAGCUAACUUAUGUUCGGAGCUUUACACUAACCAACUACUCUGUUGCUUAACAUUGUGCAAACUGAAGUAAUACGAGUCCAUCAUCCUGGUUUCGUAACUAUCAGUUGAUGGAUUAUUUAGGGUUACUCUUAGACCGCAUCAACAUGGAUACUGGAGUGAGCAACUGUGUAAUUGGUUCACCUAGUAUAUGGAUGUAACUGCUGUAGUUUAUAACUUAUUAAUCAAUCAACUAUUCAAAACUAAUUGGAAUCGGCUUUAUGAAUCUUUUCUUAUCA